CAAAUGGACGAUCUGACAGUUUUAUAAAUACACCAAGAUCCGUCUUUACUUUUUUUUAAGCUCACUGAACGGAAGUUGAGUUUGGAGCGAUGGAAUGUUGCGUGAAGUGAAGAUUGAAGACGUGAUAGAAGAUGGACGACUACUGCUAUGCUAAGAUGGCGACGUCCGCUAAAAGAGAACAUGAAAGAGAAUCAACUUCCAGCAAAUCACCAACGGAGAUAAAGACGAAAGAUGAAGAUGUCCAACGGCUGAUUGGUCAUUCAGAAGAAGUUUCCCUCCAGCCACUGGGUGAUGGCUCCACUUUGAAGCAAGAGUCUCCAGAAGAGGAGGACGCUGAUCCCACCAAGUUGCCACUGACUAUUGUCUCUGUGAAGACUGAAGAUGAUGAAGAGAAACCACAACAAGACCACCUCUUAGCUCCACUAUCAGAUAGUGAGGCUGAAGACGAGGUUGAAGUAACUUUGAGCAGCGAUACAGACUGUGAAGAUGAUAUGAGGACUCACACUGACAACAAACACUCUGGCAGCUCUAAAAAGAAGGGAGGUAAAAAAUAUUUGAGCUGCUCAGUUUGUGCUAAAAGCUUCACCCGAAAGACUCAUUUGAGUCAACAUAUGAGAACGCACACAGGAGAAAAACCGUUCAUAUGUUCAGGUUGUCCGAAAAGCUUUUCUCUAAAGACUCAUUUGACGCAGCACAUGAGAACACACACAGGAGAAAGACCGUUUCAUUGUUCAGUUUGCGGUAAAGGCUUUACUCAAACGGGCAGCUUGACUCAACACAUGCGAACGCACACCGGAGAAAAACCCUUUGUUUGUUCAGUUUGUGGUAAAAGCUUCUCCCAAAAGAGCGAUUUGAGUGGACACGUGCGAACACACACGGGAGAGAAGCCGUUCAUUUGUCCGGUUUGUGGUAAAAAAUGUUCUCAAAAGAGCAAUCUGACCGGACACAUGAGAACACACACGGGAGAGAAGCCCUUUCACUGUUCGGUUUGUGGUAAAACAUUUUCAAAUAAGAUCUGUCUGACGACACACACAAGAACGCACACAGGAGAGAAACCAUUUAAUUGUUCAGUUUGCGGGCAAAGUUUUUCGCAAAAGACCAACUUAACAGCACACAUGAGAACACACAGAAGAGGAACCGUAUAAUAGUUUUGUUUUUCUGUUUUUGUCCUGCGUGCCAUUUUUAUGCAUACCUGCCAACUACUCCGGUUUUCCCGUAAUUAGUACGGUUUUCAUCAACCUAUUCCGGGUUACGGUUGUAGUGAUAAAAAAUACAGUUUUUCAUUAAUUAAAAUUUUUUUUUUUUUUUUAAAGUUUUAUUCACGAAAUCGCGUAACAACAAUGACAUUCGACUUGCUUCCCGUAACUUCCUAUCGAGCCAUUCCGCGAGGCUAUUUAUAGCACCGCUGCCAAGCACGAGGCACCUGUUGUCAUUGUUUCCAAACGAGCGAACGAUCAUGGAAUCAGCCGGAGAAAAAUCGCAUACGAGUCUUAAACCGAAAAGAAAACUGCAGUCAUUCCGUGAAGAAUAUUCAAAAGCCUAUCCAGGAAUAAUUAUCCGUUCCAAAAAGGGUGAAAACUACGCGAAUUGCACCUUGUGCAGACAAGAUUUUUCGAUCGGACACGGAGGAAUUAGCGAUGUAAAAGACCACGUCGGGACAAAAAAAACACAAGUCUAAUGCCGUUGCUAGCGAUACAAGUGGAAAACUUUCAACGUUUUUCGGAUUUUAGCC